GAGAGAGCCUACGGUUGUAGAUGUCUUCUUCAAUACCAAAAAUGCGGCUUCAACUCUUGCCCCUUUUACCCCUGUGGGAAACUAUAAGACCGCCCUUGGAUAAGACCCCGCCUUUAAACUCAAACACUAACAAACUUCAGAGUAUUUUCAUCUUUUAGUAUCCCCCCUCCACCACCACACACUGGGCCCCGCCUUCUAGCUCCGGAAUGGCUUCACAAAGGAUUUGCCGACGUUUGGGAAUUCCGCCUAUAGCUCCUUUUUUACCACCACUUGUGCGCUGGAAUCGGCCCAGGAUGACCAAGGAUCCCACCCAUCUCGGUUAAUUUGACAACACAAAGGACUUCGCCGAACCCAAAAGAAACCGCCUACUAUUCCAAAUAAGGGUCGUCUCUCCAUGUACGGCAAACAAUCGUCUGGAGUGUCUUUUUCUCUUCCGCAUCCCGUUUAUAUGGUCGGGGAGACUGUGCUGCAAGUUACAGCAGUGCAAUCAUGGCGGAGCGAGUCCAGCAGCCCCCGGCCAAGCGGCUCUGCUGCAGGCCCGGCUACAACCCGGCAUGCAGGCAGGGGCAGCGGGCUGGAGGAGUACUGUGUGGUGGUCCGGGGUCCGCUCCAGGGGGAUCGGGAAAAACACACAACCCCGAAUCGCUGCUAGACAUAGCGGCGCGGAAAGUCGCGGAGAAGUGGCCCUUCCAAAGGGUGGAGGAACGGUUCGAACGUAUUCCAGAACCCGUCCAGAGAAGGAUCGUGUACUGGUCCUUUCCGAGGAGCGAAAAGGAGAUAUGCAUGUAUUCGUCGUUCAACGCCGGGGGAGAAGAGAGUGGAACUAGCGGGGAAAACAAUGAAGAGACCCAGCUGCCUUUCCUACGGGGUGUCACUCUGCUGGAGGGCGGCUGGGUGGACAACGUACUGCAAGUCGGGUUUCAUCUGAGUGGUACGGUAACAGACCCGGCCACGUCCUCUCAGCCUGAGAUAAUUUGCAGCGUGAGCGUCAGCUUCGACCGCUGUAAGAUCACCGCAGUAACCUGUAGCUGCGGCAACAAGGACAUCUUCUACUGCGCCCACGUUGUAGCGCUGGCCCUGUACCGCGUACGGAAGCCCGAUCAGGUCAAACUGCACCUGCCCAUCUCAGAGACGCUGUUCCAGAUGAGCCGAGAUCAGCUGCAGAAGUUUGUCCAGUACCUGAUAUCAGUGCAUCAUACGGAGGUGUUGCCCACCGCACAGAAACUGGCUGAUGAGAUACUGUCAACCAACUCCGAGAUCAACCAGGUCCACGGGGCCCCGGACCCCACAGCAGGAGCCAGUGUAGAUGAUGAGAACUGUUGGCACUUGGAUGAGGAGCAGGUCCAGGAGCAGGUGAAACUCUUCCUUUCUCAGGGAGGAUACCACGGCUCUGGGAAACAACUCAACCUGCUGUUCAGCAAGGUGAGGGAGAUGCUUCGUAUGCGUGACUCCAACGGUGCCAGGAUGUUAACACUGAUCACAGAACAGUUCAUGGCCGACCCUCGCCUGGCACUGUGGAGACAGCAGGGCACCUCCAUGACCGACAAGUACAGACAGCUCUGGGAUGAACUAGGUGCUCUGUGGAUGUGCAUCGUGCUAAACCCCCACUGUAAGACGGAGCAGAAGUGUUGGUGGCUCAAACAGCUGAGGAGGUGGAACAGCGUGGACGUGUGUCCCUGGGAGGACGGUAACCAUGGCAACGAUCUGCCCAACCUCACCCACUCCCUGCCUCAGGGUGCCCAUGGCAACCAAGAGUUGCGUCCCCACAGGACGGUUUUCACGCGGGCCAUCGAGGCAUGUGACCUCCAUUGGCAGGACCGUCACCUGCAGCACAUCAUCGCCAGUGAUCUCUACGCCAACUACUGUUACCACGACAACCAGGACGGCUCGCUCUUCGACACACGCGGAUGGCCCAUGUGGCACGAACACGUUCCGACGGCUUGUGCUCGGGUGGACGCCCUGCGUUCCCAUGGUUACCCCCGUGAAUCGCUGCGAUUGGCCAUUGCCGUGGUGAAUACACUACGGCGGCAGCAGCAGAGACAGCUGGAGCAUUUCCGCAGACAUAAGAAAGAGCUGCUCCAUAAAGGUAUCACCUCCAUAACCAACAUGGAGGGCUGGGUGGGUCACCCUCUGGAUCCCAUCGGCACCCUGUUCAGCACCCUCACUGUGACGGGACGGGGGGCAGAGGAGGGGGCCAACACCUGCCUUGACCUUUCAGACUGUUCCAGCGUGGUGAGUCGUGCAGAGCUGCAGCGGUUGCCAGUGCAGCGCUUGCUAGGCGAGGGGGAAUCGUACGUGGCGCUUGCCGUGGAGACUGCUCUGAUUGGCUUAGGCCAGCAGAGGGUGAUGCCUGACGGGCUGUACGCCCAGGAGAAGGUGUGUCGCAACGAAGAGCAGCUAUUAGCCAAGCUGCAGGAAGUGGAGCUGGAUGAAACGCUGGUCAAGAUCUUCCGCAAGCAAGCCGUCUUCCUGUUAGAGAGUGGGCCGUACAGCGGCCACGGAGAGAUUGUCCACAGAGAGAGUGUUCCCAUGCACACCUUCACCCGCUACUUCUUCACCUCUCUCCUACCUCACGACGCUGAACUGGCGUACAAGAUUGCACUCAGAGCCAUGCGGUUGCCUGUGUUGGAGUCUACAGCCUCGUCAGGUGACCUGUCGCGACCCCAUCACAUGGUGUCUGUGGUCCCUAACCGUUACCCCCGCUGGUUCACACUCACCCACAUAGAGUCCCAGCAGUGUGAACUGGCCUCCACCAUGCUCACUGCAGCCAAAGGGGAUAGUCGUAAGCUGGAGACUGUACUAGAGUCCAUCCAGAAGAACAUCCAUUCCUCAUCUCACAUCUUUAAACUGGGCCAGGAUGCCUUCAAGAUCGCUACUCUGAUGGACAGCCUGCCAGACAUCACACUGCUCAAAGUCUCACUGGAGCUGGGGCUGCAGGUGAUGAGGAUAACCCUGUCUACGUUGAACUGGAGGAGGAGGGAGAUGGUACGGUGGUUAGUUACCUGUGCCACUGAAGUAGGGGUGUAUGCGUUGGACAGCAUCAUGCAGAGUUGGUUCACCCUGUUCACCCCGACCGAGGCCACCAGCAUCGUGGCCACCACCGUCAUGUCCAACACCACCAUCGUGAGGCUGCACCUGGACUGUCACCAGCAGGAGAACCUGGCCUCCUCCGCCCGGACCCUGGCCCUGCAGUGUGCCAUGAAGGACCCCCAGAACUGUGCCCUCUCCGCACUCACGCUCUGCGAGAAGGACCACAUCGCCUUCGAGACGGCCUACCAGAUCGUUCUGGACGCGGCCGCCACGGGGAUGAGCUACACACAGCUGUUCACGAUAGCCAGGUACAUGGAGCACAGGGGGUACCCUAUGAGGGCGUACAAGCUAGCCACGCUAGCCAUGGCUCAUCUAAACCUCAGCUACAACCAGGAUACCCACCCAGCCAUCAACGACGUGCUGUGGGCCUGCGCUCUGAGUCACUCGCUGGGAAAGAACGAGCUGGCCGCCGUCAUCCCCCUGGUGGUGAAGAGUGUGAAGUGCGCCACGGUGCUGUCGGAUAUUUUGCGGCGGUGCACACUGACCACGCCGGGGCUGGUGUCAGCGCUGCACAGCCGCAGGAACUCUGGGAAGCUGAUGUCACUGGACAAAGCUCCUCUCAGGCAGCUGCUGGACGCCACCAUCGGGGCCUACAUUAACACCACGCACUCUCGCCUCACGCACAUCAGCCCACGCCACUACAGCGAGUUCAUAGAGUUCCUGGGGAAGACCCGGGAGACGUUCCUCAUGGCCCAAGAUGGACACAUCCAGUUCACACAGUUCAUAGACAACCUCAAACAGAUCUACAAGGGAAAGAAGAAACUCAUGAUGCUGGUGAGGGAGAGGUUCGGCUGACCAGGGUCGGCCCCUAGGGAGAGGUUCGGCUGACCAGGGUCGGCCCCUAGGGAGAGGUUCGGCUGACCAGGGUCGGCCCCGAGGGGGAGGUUUCGGCUGACCAGGGUCGGCCCCGAGGGGGAGGUUCGGCUGACCAGGGUCGGCCCCGAGGGGGAGGUUCGGCUGACCAGGGUCGGCCCCGAGGGGGAGGUUCGGCUGACCAGGGUCGGCCCCGAGGGGGAGGUUCGGCUGACCAGGGUCGGCCCCGAGGGGGAGGUUCGGCUGACCAGGUUCGGCCCCGAGGGGGAGGUUCGGCUGACCAGGGUCGGCCCCGAGGGGGAGGUUCGGCUGACCAGGGUCGGCUCCUAGUACUUUUAUAUUAACUUGAGUCUGCCUUUUGAACUUCUUUGGACUUAAACAUGGACAAGUAAAGAGUUGGAGGACAAAGCAAAAGAAGAAGGAAAAAACUAUUUCCAGAGCCACACAGUAUUAUCCUUCUUGCUGUUAUUGUUCUAAACAUUAUUACUGUGUACAGUACUAUGUGUGUUUUAUUUUCAGAAGAGGAAAUGUCACGUUGUGAAUGUUGUGUGUUUUUCUUUGUGUGUGCGAGAGGAAAAAGCAGAUAACAGAAAUGUUUAUUAUUAUUAUUAGCAUCCCCCUGUUUUAUAUCUUGGUUUUAUACUGAGUAUAUGUCAAGUGGCUUAAAGUCCCUUGUGUAAAAACACAUUGUCAGCCUCAAAGAGACACUAUGGCUUUAAAACCACACAGACCUGACUAUUGGAAGCGCACAGCUCGGCUCCAUGAGAAAACCACCAUUAGCAUUUCUGUUGACUCGUCACUUGUGUUUUCUCUGUGUCAUAGGUAUUAGUUAGAUUCUAGUUUUGGAAUAAUUGUCUUAACAGACUGGUGUUGUUUCAGAUGCAGUAAUCAUAACUAUCUGUGUUAGAUUAAGGACAACAAUGCAGGACUACAGUAAUGGCACAUGGGCCAUAAGAUGAGGAUAUGGAGUAUUAUCAGAGUACCAGCAUUUGAUGUAUUAUGCCAGAAAUAUCCCACACUGUAAAAACAAAUCAUGUUUACAGUAAAGUUUAGAGUAAUGUACUGUUAAACAAAAGUUUCUUUGGAAUUUACGGUAACCUUUUUUUACAGUAACUUACAGGUAACUAACUGGCUGCCAGUAAGUUACCGUAAAAACAACAGGAUAUAUUUUUUUUUUUACAGUGCACAAUGUACUUAGGACCAACAAACCUGUAAUUGUGGGUUAGUUACUGGUUCAAGUCUUACGAUGAACAGUUGCUGGAGACUAGCCUGGUCACCUGACUGUUUCUGUAUUCACAAGACUAACCUUCACAAGACUAGCCGGGUUACCUGACUGUUUCUGUAUUCACAAGACUAACCUUCACAAGACUAGCCCGGUCACCUGACUGUUUCUGUAUUCACAAGACUAAUCUUCACAAGACUAGCCCGGUCACCUGACUGUUUCUGUAUUCACAAGACUAACCUUCACAAGACUAGCCCGGUCACCUGACUGUUUCUGUAUUCACAAAACUAACCUUCACAAGACUAGCCGGGUUACCUGACUGUUUCUGUAUUCACAAGACUAACCUUCACAAGACUAGCCCGGUCACCUGACUGUUUCUGUAUUCACAAGACUAACCUUCACAAGACUAGCCGGGUUACCUGACUGUUUCUGUAUUCACAAGACUAACCUUCACAAGACUAGCCGGGUUACCUGACUGUUUCUGUAUUCACAAGACUAACCUUCACAAGACUAGCCCGGUCACCUGACUGUUUCUGUAUUCACAAAACUAACCUGGUGACCUGGCUGUUUCUGUGUUCACAAGACUAACCUUCACAAGACUAGCCCGGUCACCUGACUGUUUCUGUAUUCACAAGACUAACCUUCACAAGACUAGCCCGGUCACCUGACUGUUUCUGUAUUCACAAGACUAACCUUCACAAGACUAGCCGGGUUACCUGACUGUUUCUGUAUUCACAAGACUAACCUUCACAAGACUAGCCGGGUUACCUGACUGUUUAUGUAUUCACAAGACUAACCUUCACAAGACUAGCCUGGUCACCUGACUGUUUCUGUAUUCACAAAACUAACCUGGUGACCUGGCUGUUUCUGUGUUCACAAGAAUACAGGCUGGGUAACUAAUUACAGUGCCAAAGUUACCAGGGUUCUAGUUGUACAGAUGUAGGAUCUUAAUUGGAUCACCUGCAACACAGGAAAUGUUUUACUUGUAUUUUGAGGUUUAAAGUGGUUUAAUUUCCACUUUUCCAAAAUUUCGGACUUGAUUUUCCCCUUAAGAAAAAUAUAUCAACCCCUACAAAAAUGUCAAUUUAUUUUAUACAUAGUUCAAAUGUCCUGUUGCUGCAGGAUUAUUUUCCUGCUGUAGCAAACAGGAUCAAAUUAGGAUCCCACAUCUGUAGAAUCGGUGAGUGUAGCUCCAGAAUGGGCCAGUGUCAAUACUUCUGUGCAUGUGGAAUCAUAGGAUAAUUCGAAUUCCAUUAUAAUACAGUUUUAAUAGGCCUAUUCUGUGUAUAACCUUCAGCAACUGUCAAAAGACGUUCUCAGGGAUUUCUCUAAAACUAACAGGAAGAAGGAACGAGUACAGGAAACAAUGAUUCGAGCAAGCAUGUAUUGUACUGUGUAUAUAUAUAUAUAUAUAUAUACGAUAGUGUAAGUCUAAAUAUGGAGGAUUCAAAAGUAUAUGUUAACUAAUUUAUACAGAGUAUUCUAUGUAAUGUGAAAUACUUGAAGCCGCUGUAGCUUGCUCUUUUUCUCUGUGUUUUUUCUUUCAAUUUUAUUUUACCACAGAACACAUCAGAAAGUGAAUUGGCCUUGCUAAUGGAGGGUUACUGUAGGCUCACAAGGGUUGUGUCAGUACUAAGACAUUGGUUCAGAUUAUUGAACUGCUAUCAACAGUUUGAUUUGGUAUCUAUUCAAGGUAUUGGAGCACAGUGAAAAUAUUAUCUUGUUCUCUCAAGGGUCACUUUUCACAAUGAACAGAUUUAUGUAUUUGACUGAUGUACAGUAUUCCAUUGAAAUGUCAUAUGAUAACCCGAGCAUUGAUUUUUUAUUACGUGGCAUCAUAACAUUGAUCAGCUGUUGAGAAAUGACCAACAUCCAGUUGUGUAUAACUGGUCCCCGAAGGCCACGGGGUCUGCUGGUUCUCUUCCUUACCUGGUAAUCCCAGACUUUAGAGUUAUACCUGGCUAAUCAGUGGUGUGAAAGCUAGGUCAGUCAGUGAUACUAACUGAUCUAUUAAAACCAGCAGGGCUGUCACCCUUCAGGACAAGAGUUGUGCUCUGCUGAAAUGUCCGCUUGCAUCUGAACACGCCACAGACCAGACCAGUGUGUGUCUCUCUUCCUGUACGAGGUCCUGCUAUUGUACUAAUAACUUGUCUUGUUUCUUUAUUUUUCUGGUUUUUGUUGAAGUGCUUUCUCUUUUGUUCUUUAAAGAAUAAACAGCCUUCUCUCUUGCCUUGUUUUGAAGUAACCAAGCAGGAGUUCUAACAACCAAACACGUUCCAAGAAGUGAAAGCCAAGUCACCUUGGUCCCAGCUUUAGUGUCCUUAAUUAGUAACUGAAUGGCUCUGUAAACACUGUGCUUUUAACGAAGCAUUUCCUUGUGUGUUUGUUGGAAAACUUUGUCCUGUGUGUCUCGUCCUCUAAUGAGUGGAUUUCCUCUGUUUCUUUCUAGCUGUUUAUUUUCUGUUUGUGUAAGAAAUGGAAUCUUCUGUUUUCCCACUUUAUUUAUUACAAUGAUCCAUGUAUACAUGCUUAUGAAAUUAAGAUUUGAUACACCAAUAUCAAUUUAUUUAUGUAACUAAAAUCACUGUUUUAUAAUCUUUUUUUUGUUUUAAUUAAAGUGAUUUUUUUUUUUAAGGUA